GCAAACCUGCCUUCUGAUUCCUGGCACCUGGUUAUUCUCAGAGGGAAGCCAAAGGCAUGUUUUAAUAUGAUUAUUUCCUUUCUAAUGAUAACAGAUUGAAGAUCUCAACCAGUCAAAUCAUGGCUUGGAAGAUAUGAUAGGAAACUCUUGGAUAGUGAGGAGGUGGUAAGCUGUCAAAUAGACAAUUUAAUGAGCCACAAUGAACAUCUUUGUAAAGAACUGACUAAAAUUGACCAACUAGAAAAAGAGAAAGUUUUGUGGUGGAUAUCCUCAAUAAGGAACUUGAAGAAGCAAAGUAUUUGAAGGACAUUGAAAAGCAGCUGAGGGAUACAAGAUGGCUGCAGCUUAGCUGGAGACUGCGUGUAUCUGCUCCCAGCACAGUACAGAGCAAUCAACUUGAAAAACUUGAAGAGUAGCUGAUCUGAAAUAUUAUAUCUCAGGAGCACUGAAGAAGCCGCAGAGAGACUGAUUGAAUUCACUUGCCAACAAAAUAAUAUGAUAGUAUUGGAAGAGACAAUAGGGAGACUUAGAUCUAUAAUCUUAGAGACUGAAAAAGCACAAAAUAAAUCUCCUUCCAGACUUGAUUCCUUUGUCAAGACUUUAGAAGCAGACAGAAACUACUACAGGAGUGAAGCUCAGAAUUUGAGAAAGAUGAUCAAAAGCACAUCUGAAGGUCCAAGACGCCUGUCUCCCUCUUCUCGGGGUACAAACUGUGAUGUAGAGCUUUUGAAGACAAGAGACCGUGAAGAACUUAAAGACAUGCUGGAAAAAUAUGAGCGUCAUUUGGCAGAAAUUCAGGAUAAUAUCAAGAUUCUUACAUCUGAGAGAGACAAGACCUUUCUUCUUUAUGAACAGGCACAGGAAGAAAUUGCUCGACUUCGACGAGAAAUGAUGAAAAGCUGUAAAUCUCCUAAAUCAACAACAGCACAUGCCAUCCUUCGGCCAGUGGAGACUGAAAGAGAUACAGCCUUCACUGAUUUACGAAGAAUGACCAUAGAACGAGAUAGUCUGAGGGAAAGGCUAAAGAUUGCCCAAGACACAGCAUUUCAUGAGAAAGCUCACUUGGAACAAAGGAUAGAGGAUCUGAAGUGUCCAGUUAAUAAUCUUGAUGAUGAACUUAUGGAACAAAUGUCAAGUAUGACUUUGAUGAAGAAAACAGUAACCACUGUGGGAAAAGAAAUGAAAUCGCUAGCAAGAAAGGCAAUAGAUACAAAAAGUGAACUUGGCAGACAAAAAGCAGAGAAUAAUUCUUUGAGACUUUUACAUGAAAAUACAGAAAAAGAUCUUUCUAAUACUCAGCGAUACCUCCCUAAGAAAAAAUAUGAGCUACAGCCUACUCAGGGGAAAAUUAUGUGCUUGAAUGAAAGAAUCGAUAAUUUUACAAGGCAGAGUAUUCCCCGGCAAGAAGAAAUUAGCACUCUUGGUGCAACCUUCACUGAUCUGGCUAAAGAAAAGGAAUGCCCACAAGCAUGCUUGGAUAAAAAAUCCAAAAAUAUUGCAACCCGUGGAGAGAGUUUGGAAAUGAAAGAAAAGGCCAUUUCAGGCAUGAAGAAUAUUAUCCCUGAGACAAAACAUGCAUCAAGGCACUCUACUGAAGCGCUAAUUAAGCGUGAACAAGACAUUUCCAGGUUGCGCUGGCAGUUGGAUGAAACAAAUAAUGAACUGGCUCAGAUUGCCAGGAAAAGAGAGAUCUUGGCUCGUGAGAAUGACAAUCUCCAAGAACAGUUUUCUAAAGCUAAAAAGGAAAACAAGGCACUGUCUAAACAAUUGAAUGAUACACAUAAUGAACUUAAUGAUAUAAAACAGAAGGUCCAAGAUACUAAUUUGGAGGUUAACAAGCUAAAAAAUAUAUUAAAGUCUGAAGAAUCUGAGAAUUGGCAAAAGAUGGGCCAGUUCCAAAAAGCCAAUGAAGAUGCUGAAGACUUGGAAAAUAAGGCUGAGCAAGCAGAGGCAGAUAACAAUACCCUCGACUUAGAAUUUAUCACUAAAAAGGUAGAUACCCUCAAUAGAGAGGUCGAGCAGCACUUGAAUGCAGAAAGGUCUUAUAAGUCCCAGAUUUGUACCUUACAUAAAUUUCUGGUGAAGAUGGAAGAGGAGCUUCAGAAGGUUCACUUAGAAAAGGUGUCUGCCCUUGCAGACUUGUCUUCCACAAGGGAACUUUGUAUUAAACUUGACUCGAGCAAAGAAAUUCUUAAUCGACAGCUGGUUGCCAAAGAUCAAGAAAUUGAAAUGAUGGAGAAUGAGUUAGAUUCUGCUCAUUCUGAAAUAGAACUCCUCAGGAGUCAGAUGACAAAUGAGAGAAUCUCCAUACAGAAUCUAGAAGCUUUGCUGGUGACCAACCAAGACAAAGAAUAUCAGUCUCAGAUAGCACUUCAAGAAAAAGAAUCUGAAAUUCAGCUUCUUAAGGAACACCUUUGUUUGGCAGAAAAUAAAAUGGCCAUCCAGAGUCGAGAUGUGGCCCAGUUCAGGAAUGUUGUAACACAACUGGAAGCUGAUUUAGACAUCACCAGAAGACAGCUAGGGACAGAGCGCUUUGAAUGGGAGAGAGCUGUGCAAAAACUUCGCCGCCAGCAUUACUCCAGCAGUGCUUAUCAUCUGAGUCCUACGAUACAGCCCAACACCAAGUGUCAUUCCCCGGACUGUGAUCACCACUGAUCUGACCGAGGCCUGGAGCGAUCGCAAGAAGAGUAAGACUAUCUACAAAGUGUUUGCUCUGUAUUUACAAAUGAAGAAGAAAAUGAAUGGAAGUAUCAUUACCUUUACAUUGAGGAGGGUCACUACUCCAUUCCUCAGGCCCAGAACAAGUAAGCUUUUUCUCUCCAACAAGUGAAAACUCCUGAGAUCCAUUU